AUGGCCUCUCGUGCUAUAAUCCUCGCAUCUCUCUUUUGCGCGGCCGGAGUCUCUGCAUUUUCUGAUACAUCACCGUUCGUAGCAUGGUCAUCUCACAAAUCAGACGUGCUCGAACUUCUACCCGUAAAGUCUGCACUCAGUUCGGACGCUUUGCUUGGUAGCAUUUUCUCGCACAACGACAUCUGUGACUACGAUGCCAUUGUAGUCAUUGACCAGCCUGGGCUGCGCAGCUCUGACCUGCGAACACUCCCAGCAUCCUCCAUUCUGGCGAGGUCGCUGAGCUCAGCCCCUUCUUCUCGUCAAUUCCAAUACAUGAAGCAUGGGCCCAGCUCCUCUUUGGCGGAUGUCGCUGAAAUGAUAUCCAGUCGAUGUGGGUCUCGGCGUAUCGACAUGGUCCCCGGGCAAGGAGCAGCCAAUCUAGAGGAGGGUCCAAAGCACGUUGUCUGUAUGAACAUGCCACACUUGGAAGAGAGCGUCGAAUUCAGAAAGGCGUCCAUGCUUGAUCACGAAUCCCGGAUUUCUAGCGAACUCGCCAACAUCGGUGCAGCUUUCCCAAAACACCUCGUUGUGCUCACUGGUUCGCCCGUUGGACUCUUCAGUAGACAGGCUUCUGGGUACGACUCUCCUGCUCCGGAGUUGAAUGGUUCGGCCCUACAGAGCCACGCCGACUUCAAAGCACCCGCUGGUGGCAUACUCAAACGAUAUCAGCUCCUCACACCUGCCUUGAUCACUACGCUUUUGAUCACAUUCUUCGUCCUCGUGCCCAUAGUGAUGCUAGGCGUUUCAACAUUGUCGAGUAUACAAUCGCCUUUGCGCUUGGAAGCACCAAAGGGCUAUAAUGCUCAGGAGAAGAAGGUUCAAUAA